GGCCCUGCGCUCCGGUGACCGCUUUGGUCUGCAAACCAGGUGAGCAGGAACUCCUGAAACAAGCGAGGAGCCAGGCAGGAGCUCAUGCGAGUGGGGUGCCCCUUCUACGGAGUUUGGCCUGCCUCGGAGUUGUUGCUUUGUUUCUGAGAAAAGGCUUCCCCUGCCCACUGGCCUCCCUGCCUCUUGUGACUCCUGCCAGAAAACUGGAAAUCUGAGCUAGUGAAUUAGAGGGCGCUGGGGUGAGGAGGCAUGUCCGGCAGAUGUAGGGUGUAGAAAAGGUCAGGAGUGACCAGGAUCAGGUUUUUGUAAAACCUUGCAUAAGUAGUUGUGUCCUGAGGCUCUGUUUAGUCGGUGCGCAAUAUCUCCCUCCAGCCAGAGCAUGGACUGACUUCAGGGGAAUCAGAAGACCAGAAGACGGGGCUCACAGGGUAGUGUGUCUUUUUACAGGCACCCUGGGAAGGGCCAUGGUGGCAAGCCAGUUUUGGAGGAGACUGAAGAAGCUAUUUCUCUUCCUGAGCAGCGCCUUCCUCCUCCUGGGCCUGGCUUUGCUGAGCAUACGGCCGGACAUCACCCCUGUUGCUUAUAUCUUUCUCAUCUUGGCUGGUUUUCUCUUCCUUGGGUGCCUCCUGGCCACUUUUCUGGAAUGGCGCCUCCAAUCAGUGCAGAGAUCAAGGCAGUCACUGCAGACCGAGAGCCAAGGGACCUCUGGCAGUGGACGAGACAAUGCAGCUUUUGAGGUACCAACCUAUGAAGAGGCAGUGGUGAAUUCAGAGUCACAGAACCGCCCCCAAGAAGUGGAUCAGCCACCACCUUACUGUAUUGUUGUAAUCCCCCCAGGACUGGAGGGGGGACAGGCUCCCCAACCCGAGAGGCCCAGGAUAGGCAGACUGGAAAAUCGUGUGGGCUCUGAGGGGACCAUAACUCAGGGAGGAAACCACGGAAGACCCCUUAUCAGCCUUCGGCUUCGGGGACCUCGUGUUGCAUCCACUGCUCCUGAUCUGCAGAGCUUGAGGGAGACCCCCAAAUUGGAGCCACUUACUCCACCCCCUGCCUAUGAUGACUGCUUUGCUCACCCUGAUGAUGAUAAUGUUUUCUAUGAAGACAGCUGGACACACUCCUAAGCAACUCUCUCAGGACUUCCAUCUUUCCACAGUAGAUCCACUGACCCAUUUGACCAGCAUUUCCUACUGUCAGGAACAUUACUAUGCAUCAGGAACUGCGUUUCCACCUGACCUUCACAAACGGAAACUUGAACCCAGAGAGGAGUCAGGCUAUGUAGGUGGCACAAUUUGAGUCUUCUGGCAACACUGACUGACCUGCCCAUGUCCAGUAUUUCCAGAGUUAGAUCUGGGUGAUAUGGAGGGGUGACCCACGAAGCUGGAGAAGGAAGAAAAGAAGUAACAUCUGAGCGACAGCUGUGUUACAUCUGCUCUGGACGCUCUGCCUGUUAGAUCCCUUAGGCUUUCAGCCUUGUGAGGUAUUAUUACCCUCUUUGGAAAAUGAGGAAGGACCCAAGGAUCAGAGGAUUUGGAUAACUUACACAAGGAGACAUUGUUAGUAAAUGACAAAAAAAAAAAA